AUAGCCGGUAUCUCCCGCCGGAUUUAGCCGACCUCUCCCUCCACUUAGAUUGGCGCCACCGCCAAAUUUUGGUAUGACUUAAAUGCCGAAGCAUCCCAACUAUCUGUACAGUUGCUUUCCACAGAGGGAAGCUUUUCGCUGCUAACCGUUCUGCCACUAGAUUAAGCAGGUUUGAUUCUUAUCUCAACGAUGGUGAAUAAGCGAAGAACCAGCGGCGCUGUCAUUCGUGCCGCUCUGAAACGGACCAGAAAGGAGGGGCCGGUCGCUGUGCAUUUGGGGCUUUCCGUGUCCGCAUCAGUGGAUUAUCACCAGGUGAUGUCGUCUUUCGAACAGGAAACCAAGAGUUUCAAAUUUCCUCAGGCGGAAGGAUUCAUGUGCGAAAUCAACUAUGAGGCUGAAAUCUUGGAGAAGGUGAUGGACAUCGGUGGUGAGUACCACAUUACGGCACCAGAGACUCUUGGACAUCAACUAACAAUUGUGAAAUGAGUAAAAAGAAGAAUUCUUAAGUGAUGUAGACGACAAAUAAUGGCUUGUAGACAUUGAUGAUGACCACUGUUAUUAACAUGCAUGAGGCGUCAACUAACAAUUGUGAAAUGAGUAAAAAGAAGAGCACGUUAGACUCAUCAUGAAAGAGCUGGUUGCGAAGAAUACAGAAAAGAACAAGGUGGGCAUGAAUUCGGUAAGAUAUAACCCGAGAAAGGUUUUACUAAAAUUGGGAGGAUGAAAAAUCAAGGAUGUUUUUUGGU